AUGGAUCCUGAAGUGAUCAAGAUCCUCCUUGUAGGAGACGACAAAUGCGGCAAGACUACAUUUCUUUCCCGACUCAGUGCAGGCGAAAAUGUCAAUCCGAUUCCCAUGCUUCGUAAUAUCGACCAGCCUUACAUCUUUGGUAUCAAGACAGGGACCAAGCAGUUCCAGUUUGAGUUCUUUGACACAUCGUGCCCUGAUAACUGGAGAACUCUGGACCCCGAUGCCAUCGUCAUUUGCUACGAUAUCAGCCAGCGGUUGAGUCUCAUCAAUAUGCAAAGAUAUUGGAUCGAUGAAGUCAAAAGAUCGUUCCAGCGGUACGAUACCCUACCUCUAAUCAUCCUGGGCCUGAAGCGCGAUCUGAGAUCAGAGGAUGAUCCAAACGGUAUCAUAUAUCCACAAGAAGCAUAUACAGUUGCGCAAGCCCUCAGGGCGGACAGAUAUGUAGAAUGUUCGGCAGUAACGGGCGAGUUGUUGAAGCUGGCGUUCGAGGACCUGUGCAAGACAGCAGUGACUCCAACGACAGGCACAAACAGCCAGAGCGCAAGCUCAUGCUCCAUACUGUGA